AUGAGCAACGAGAGCUUAGAAUUAUUUGUGAUGUUAGAUUCAAUGGGGAAAGAAUUAAACAAUCGAUUAAAAAGAAAAAUUGUACUUGUUGACAUUGAAGAUAGUUCAGAUGAUGAAUUAAUCAAUAAUGUACGGGGUAAUAGAGUAAAACCUAUUAGAGCACAUGAUUUUAUGUCUAAGAAAAUUCAAAAUUUUACCCAUAAACAGUUUCAACAGCACUUUAGGUUGUCCCCAACCUCUUUUGAAAGAUGUCUUACAAUUUGUGGUCCCCUUUUAAAAAAUACUUGCGUAGAAGGACGUAAAGGUACAGACGAGAGGCUUCAACUAUUAUCAACUAUAUGGUUACUGGCUACACCAGAUAGUUUUCGAUCAGUUUCUGAUAGAUUUGAUGUUGGUAAAAGUUCCCUCCAUGAUAGUUUUGUCCGUGUCACUACUGUUCUACAUAAAUUAUCCCCCACAAUUAUUAAUUGGCCCAAAGUUGAGCAAAUGAAUCAAAUUCAACUUAAUUUUGGUAAGAUGUCAAAGACUUGUCUCAAUAAUAUAAUUGGUGUUAUUGAUGGAUCAUAUAUUCCAAUACCUGCACCUAAGAAAUCAGCAAAUUCCUAUCUCACCAGAAAAUGUUUUCACGCAAUAACAUUACAAGCUAUAUGUGAUGAUAAACUUAGAGUUAUAGAUGCAUUUGCUGGUUAUCCUGGAUCUGUAGGCGAUCGAAGAAUAUUCACAAAUUCUUUGAUUUAUAAACGAAUCUUGGAAAACAAAAAUAGGUAUGUUCCUGGUCAAUAUUUCAUCGCUGCAGAUAAAGCAUAUCCAAUACUUGAUUGGUGCAUUCCACCAUAUAUUGAUAGAGGUAACCUGUCUGAUCAAGAAAAAUUUUUUAAUGUUUCAUUGUCACGUGCUAGGCAGUCUAUCGAAAGAUGUUUUGCACUGUUGAAAGGUCGUUUUAGACGUUUGAAGUAUUUGGAUAUGAAAAAAAUAGAACUGAUCCCACAAACUAUAGUUGCUUGUUGUGUCUUGCAUAAUAUUUGUUUAAAGUUUGAUGAUGACCAAUGGAUUAAUUCUUUAAUUUCUGAACAACUAAUCAAUUUGGGUGACGAUACUACAUCUGAACAAUUAACUGGCUACAUUGAAAAUACACAGUCCGGCUGUAUUAAAAGAGAUCAAAUUAUGGUUUCUUUGAUUUAA